AUGGAACACGAACUGCGACACUGGCUGCGCUUGUGCAUGUUCUUCGGUAUUUAUCUGCGACAAUCUACACCAAAGUUUGCUGUGGCGAGAAGCAUGCUUACUCUGCGAACAGAAUCUUACAGCUGCCGACGCAGCUCCAACAGCGACAAGCGGCGUUUGCUCACGCCUUCGCAUUGCUACCUCUGCCUGAUAGCUCUGACGCUCUGCGCGCUCUACGUGCACGGCCUACACCACUGUGGCGGUCUGCCAACGCUGAUACUUACAUGGGUGGCCAGCGUCGUACUCUUCAGCAUGCAAGUGUUCACCAAUCUGCUGAUACUUGUGGAAACCAUUCGCCGACGCGCGCAACAUGCCGCCUUUCUGCAAACGCUCACGGCGAUUGAAGAUGCGCUCAAGCUACGUUUGCAUGUGAAUGUGCAUAAGCCGGCGUUGUUGCACGAAAUGCGCUGUCUGAUCAGCUGCUGUGCGGUGUGCUCACUCGUGGGUCUGCUGUUUUUCAUAAUCAGCACACAUUGGUUGAACUACAUUGGCUUCUUCUGGCAUGGACUCUGGUCCAUACUGACAAUGCGUGUACGUAUCAUUCAAUUAUUGUUGUACGUGCGUAUCUUGCAACACUAUCUCGAGUGUCUCUACGCGAAGUUGCGUCAAAUUGUAGCCUACCGUUUGGCGCCACAGCAGCAACUGCUCGAUAUCAACUAUGUCAGACUGGCGUCGUUGGAAUCGCUACUGGCCAUCAAAGAGAUUUACACGCUCAUUUACGGUGCGUUUCAUUUGCUCAACUACUUUGCCGGCUGGUCGCUCUUUGGCAUUGUCAACUGUUAUAUGUUUGAUGUAAGCUGCAAUGUAUAUUGGACGCUGCUAAGUUUGAGUGGCUAUCAGAAUAGGCGUAACUAUUAUGUGGCGGGACCUCUGGUGUUGGUGCCGUUGCUUGGAAUCGUGUGUUAUUUGUGCUUUUUAUGUGAUAGAUGCCAGGAAUUAGCGCGACGCAUUGCUUUCCUACUGAACAAGCUGAAAAUUGUGUGUAACACGCAGUCGCUGGUGCCAUAUCGACUGGUCUUGCAACAACUUUCCGUACAAAUAAAACUACAACAAAUCGAAGUAACGGCACAACACUUCUUUGUCUUGGAACUGCGCCUAUUGAUGACCAUUUUCUCAGUGACUUCAACACAUUUGGUAAUACUGGUGCAAUUUCUUUACCUGGAGUUGGAAUUGCUGGGCUUACCUUAA